AUGGCUCAGCCGGAACGGGUCCGCCUUCCUGCGCGGUCCACCCGCGGGAAACGCGUGUCGGAGCUGGUGGGAGAGGACCUAGACGCGGAUGAGGAGUUUUGGAAUCAGAAGGCGUUUCAGGAGGAAGCAGAGGAUGUGGAGUUUGCAUUGGAGGGCGAGGUGGAAGAGGACGUUUUCGACAGCGACUUUGAUGAUGAUGAACCGGACAACGAGGAGGAGGAGGCUGGCACUGAAGUGAAAGAGAAACCCACCAAGCGACGCCUCCUGCCCCCAGGCACCAAGAAGAAGCCAAAAAAAACCACCAAAUCCGCAAAGAAAGGCAUGGCCGGAAAGAAAACCUCAACGGAGAAGGGGAGAACGAGUGAGAGGGCUGAAGUGGAGGCAACGGGUGAUGGGGCGGAGGGGGGGAAGGGAAAGAGUAAAGCUGGGAAGAGGAGUGGUGUGGGAAAGAGUAGGCAGAGACGUGAGCUGGCUCUGCUGGGAGUGGGGCGAGGGAAACGGGAAGCGGAGGAGGUAGGUGGGGGAGAGGAGAGAGAGUGGGGAGAGGCAGGAGAGGAGGGAGAAGAUUUGAUUGGAGAUGCCACGGUAGAUUUGACAGAAGAGAAUUGGGGAGCGGGAGGGGGGAGGGAGGGAGGAGGGAGGGAGGGAGGAGGGAUGGAGGGAGGAGGGAUGGAGAGGAGGAAGUCGAGGAGGACAGCGGUGGUGGUGAGGGACAUGGAGAGGCAGAUGCUGAGGGCUGCGAGGGAGGGGGCGCCCAAGGCUGUGAGGAAGAGGAAGGAGGGCGAAAGGCGGUGGACACAAGAAGAGAUGCUCCUAGAAGCUGCACAGACAGGUACUGUGCGGUUCAGGGGGGUGUGGUGCGGUUACGAGGGAUGGGGAUUGGGCACCACCUUGGGCAUUCAACUUGAGCGCAGGCCAGGUUGUAGCGGUGGUGGUGAGGGACAUGGAGAGGCAGCUGCUGAGGGCUGCGAGGGAGGGCGUGCCCAAGGCAGUGAGGAAGAGGAAGGAAGGCGAGAGGCGGUGGACACUGUAGGAAAUGCUGCUGGAAGCAGCGCAGACAGCGCAGGUAACGUUGUAGGGGCUCUGAGGGCUGCGAGGGAGAGGGUGCCCAAGGCUGUGAGGCAGAGGAAGGAGGACGAGCGGCUGUGGACACAAGCGAAGAUGCUUCUAAAAGCAGCACAGACAGAGAUUCUGAAUCGGGAGGCCCUGGCAGUGAUGCUGGCGAGGGAGGAGGAGGUGAAGCGGAAGGCCGUCGUGGAAAAGGCAAUCUUUGGCGGGCCGCAGAUUCGAUUCCACUCCAAGGACGGGAAGAACACCCUUGAGUUCACCAAGGUUGCAGCUGUUCCUCCAGAGAUAAACGCUAUGGCGCCUCCCUACCCUGCCAAGCCCACAUGUGUGAUCACAGGUCUACCAGCAAAGUAA